GGAGCAGGGACAGACAGGAAGGCUCACCGACUCCGGGUGCGGGACAGCUGAUUCUGGAGCCCUGAGCGCCGGAACCGGCCAAUGAGAAGCCGAGAAAGAAGGGGGCAGGCACUUCCGCUCCGAGGAAAGGGGCGGAGCCUGCGGGAGAGUGGGCCGAACUGCCCUCUCCAGGCCAUGGACCCUGAGGUGACCCUGCUGCUGCAGUGCCCACAGGGGGGGCUGCCUGAGAAGAAGGUACAAGCUGAGCUGAGCCCAGUCUAUGACCGUCGCCCACUGCCAGGAGGGGACAAGGCCAUCGCCGCGAUCUGGGAGAGCCGGCUUCAGGCCCAGCCCUGGCUCUUUGAUGCUCCCAAGUUCCGCCUGCACUCCGCCACACUGGCGUCCACUGGCUCGCCAGGGCCACAGCUGCUCCUGCGCCUGGGCCUUACUUCCUAUCAAGCCUUCCUGGGGACCAACUGGGCCAGCUCAGCUGCCUGGCUGCGACAGCAGGGGGCCAUCGACUGGGGUGACAAGCAAGCCUAUCUGGCGGACCCUCUGGGCGUGGGCGCUGCACUGGCCACUGCUGACGACUUCCUUGUUUUCCUGCGCCGCUCUGGCCAGGUAGCUGAGGCACCUGGGCUUGUGGACGUGCCCGGUGGGCAUCCUGAGCCUCAGGCCCUGUGCCCAGGUGACAGCCCCCUGCACAAGGACCUCCCUGGGGAGCUGGUGGUACACGAGCUCUUCUCCAGUGUCCUCCAGGAGAUCUGUGAUGAGGUGAAUGUGCCGCCACUCACCCUGAGCCAGCCGCUGCUGUUGGGCAUCGCCUGCAAUGAGACCAGUGCCGGCCGUGCCAGUGCUGAAUUCUACGUCCAGUGCAGCCUGACUUCUGAGCAGGUGAGGAGACACUACAUGAGUGGGGGACCUGAGGCCCACGAAUCCACAGGAAUCAUCUUUGUGGAGAAACAGAGUAUGCAGAGGUUGCAGGAGACUGAAAUGUGGGCUGAGCUCUGCCCCUCAGCCAAAGGCGCCAUCUUCCUCUACAACCGGGUCCAGGGAAGUUCCACCUGAGUCUCCUGGAGUUCCCAAGCCCUAUCACCACAGCUCGGAAGACAAUAAAGGACUUUAUUCUUGGA